AGUGGCGGAUCGAGGCUGACGCAGCUUUUCUUGGAGUUUGGUCGAGGACAGUCGCUUGUCGUGUUCGUCUCGUAAGAUGCUCCAGAGUUUCCAGGACCGCGCGUCGCCGACCGGGGGCUUCUGCUUUGAAAACAGCCGCAGGAAUGAGGUGCUGGAGUCUAGUUUGUCGGAUCUCGGCUACAAAGCUCCCGGUGCCAGGAAGACAGGAACCACCAUCGCUGGGAUACUUUACAAGGACGGCGUCAUCCUGGGAGCCGACACCAGAGCCACCGAUGACAUGGUGGUGGCCGACAAGAACUGCAUGAAGAUUCACUACAUCGCCCCAAAUAUCUACUGCUGUGGGGCUGGAGUGGCUGCAGAUGCUGAAAUCACAACACAGAUCAUGGCGUCCAAUGUGGAACUGCAUACUCUCAACACUGGGCGGCCUCCCCUUGUUGCCAUGGUAACGCGGCAGCUGAAACAGAUGCUGUUCAGGUACCAGGGUCACGUUGGUGCAUCUCUGAUUGUUGGAGGAGUCGAUGUGACUGGAGCUCACCUGUACAGCGUCUAUCCCCACGGCUCCUAUGACAAGCUGCCUUUCCUCACCAUGGGUUCUGGUGCUGCAGCUGCCGUCUCUGUGUUUGAAGACAGAUUCAAACCACAUAUGGAGCUGGAGGAGGCGAAGCAGCUUGUGCGGGAUGCCAUCGCUGCAGGCAUCUUCUGUGACCUGGGUUCUGGCAGCAACGUGGACCUGUGUAUUAUCACCAAGGCUGGAGUGGAGUUCCUGCGAGGCUACGAUAAGCCCACGGUGAAGGGACAAAGACUGGGUCAGUACAGGUACAAACCCGGCACCACGGCCGUCCUGACCAAAGCUGUGACGCCCCUGUCCCUGGAUGUUGUCAACCAGUCUGUCCAGGUCAUGGACAUGGAGUAAAGGGCUGGAACCGGUCCCUGGUUCUCAUGAACGAUGUGUGCAAGGAUUUAAUGAUGAGCAAAGGUUCUGUGUUGUCUGAAGCAUCACUAAUUAAAACUAAUAUACGUGACAUAAAGAUGAA